AUUUUGCUCUGUGAUAAAAAAUUAAAUAUUCUAUCUAUAUUUUGCAUUAAAUUAUUUACAUUAAAUCGUAGUUCUGGAUUAAGAUGACAUCAUAAUUCGGACAUUAAUAACUUUUUAUUAGCUAGUUAGAUAGAAUCGACUCCGGAAAAAUUGGUUAACAAUUUAGUAUAUUGUUGUAAAUGACAUUAAAAAAAAGAAGAAGCAAUUCCAGACUUAUCAACAAAGUUAGCAACGAUCAAACAAUCUAACUUUUGCCUAUAGUAUAAAAGUAUAAAUAUGGCACAUACUAUAUUGUUGGUGCAACCAGGUACAAAUCCUGAAACUCGAACCUACUCAGAUUACGAAUCUGUAAACGAGUGUAUGGAAGGUGUUUGUAGAAUUUAUGAGGAACACUUGAAAAGGAGGAAUCCAAAUACCCCUACAAUUACUUACGACAUCUCCCAACUGUUUGAUUUCGUAGAUCAGCUUACCGAUUUGAGUUGCCUCGUAUAUCAAAAAUCAACGAAUACGUACGCCCCUUAUAAUAAGGACUGGAUUAAAGAAAAAAUUUACAUAUUACUACGACAGGCAGCGGGACAUGAAAUAUAAUGGAAAAGGGAUUAAUUUAAACAUCUAUAAUUUGUUAUAUUUUGUUUAAUUUUUUUUAUAAUGUAAUGUAAGCAGAGGUAAUUUAAAUUUUGAAACUACAAUUUAUUCAUUGACUGUGAUUGUUCAACUGUAUUAAAUUCAACAACAAGUUAUAAUCCACAUAGUUUCUAGUUAAACAUUUCAUAAUAUAACGAUAAGUAAAUAUUUUAAUAUUUAUUUUAACUUUGCUUAAAAAAUAAUGAAAGUACCAUUGAAAAGUCACAUUUAUUUUAAAUUUCAUUAUUAAUGAUUAUAAUAUAGGUUUAUUUUUUUCUAAGUGAUAAAAUUUGUGAAUUUUUCAAGUUUAUUCAUAACCUCAACUCAAAUUAAAGGAAUUAUUAUUGA